CUUUUACCCUCAAGAGGUAGCUUUUAUUGAAACAUGAUGAUUAAAAUAAACCUCACUUGUUGCUGGUAUAAACCACUAAAACCGUAUGUCUUGAGUCAACCUCGUUCCCAGGGUAUUUUCCCUGGUUUGGGCAUGGGGCGCCCCACCCCCACGCCAGGGAAAAGACCCUGGGAACUAGGUUGGUCUUGAGUAGUAUUGUAAGCACAAAUUAAUUUCCUGUUGACGGAUUUGCUCCUCUGUAAUCCUGAAUCCUGGGGGCGCACGCGGUGGGGUAAAAACUGGGUGGGGGUGUGGUGCCCACUACCCAAAUAUUAAGACCAAAAUCUACAAUUUUCUGUAUCCUAUUUGACCAAAAUGGCCAAAAUCAAUAACCUAUUUCUGACCAAAGCGGCUAAAAAACCAUACCCUACGAUGCUGCACGUACCUACGUAACCCUUAUAAGUGACACCCCUCCCUCCCUGGGUCUUGAAUACCACUUCAGCUCUGCGGCAGACCAGUUUAGCAGGGUUUUAUCUCAUUGCACGAACGUACGAGUGGGACUGAUGUUGCAAGAAAAAAAAGACGGGAAAAUUGAACUUUCCUGACGAAGAAGAGGCGAGAUGGCUUACAAGUCAUUCUCUACGUUUAUUGCAUGAAUCAAAUAACGAAACCAGUGGAGGCCGCACAAGAAUGGCAGAGUUGGAGGAGAGACAGCGUGGCGAAAAAUGAAAAGCACUGCUCAAUAUAUGGUCAGGAGGCGGGCAUAAGUGGGCGACCUAUGUUCCGCCAGGAACGAAGGGGAUUGAGUGAGUGAGUGAGUGCGUGAGUGAGUGAGUUGGACGAUAAAGCCAAGAUACAGAAUACAAAAUAGCGAACGAUACUGACACAACGGACUGUCUAAUAAGAAACAUUAAUCUCUUCUGAAUCCGCAAACAAUGGGACGGUCUCGAGCCCCGUCCACCCUACCCCGGAGAAAUUUGAUUUCAGGUUUCACUCCGACUGAACGUAUCAAAUGUUUUGCGGGCCACACUGCGCCGGCUGCUAACGCAACUGUGGAUCAGUAGUUACUUUGUUCUCACACCAUAGCUCAGUCGAACAUAACUAUUUUUAAAGAGCAACUUAAAACCGGAAACACAUAGUAAUCGAUAGCGUGUUUUUUCUUUGUUUGGUCUGACUUUAAUAACGCGGCGAAAAACAGUAGGUAACAACAACAACAGAAACGGUAUUUUUAAAGUCUAGAAUCAAACGGCAGUCGGGGGGGGGGGGAGACUUGACAAGUAUGACUGGAGGUAUGGUCAUCGUAAAUUUCACUGAGAGGGAACAGACAAAAUGCUCCAGAAUCUAUGUUUGUUAGUGCAACUGACAUUGAGUUCAACCUAUAAAUGAACCGGGAUGCGGUUAACCACAACAAUGAUUUGUUAUGGUCAAUCGACAACAAUGCCUGGCAUACACACCAGGCAUCCCCGUCAGUCCCAUCCCUACCCCCGCCUCCGCCGACGGGGAAUUUUGAACACGUGGAUAUGAUACGGUACACGUGGGGUUCUUAAAAUCGCGCCUGGACGUAUCCCAAAGAAUGUUAACGUCACACAUUAAUCGUCUGAAGAUCACGAUUGUUUUAAUUGUUUUGCGUGCUACGAUGUCCCCGGAGGGCACGAGCUAAAGUCAGCUUAAAACUACAACAAACUGCCAACGAGAGGACUUCCGCUUUGAGUGAAGAACCGGCCUUUCAAGAGAACUGUGACCCUUGGCAUAACAAAUCUUUUUCGUCCAAGGAUAUGGAUAAAGCUACUAAGCAGGAUUUAAAAUAUGGCUGGUUUUCCUUCAAGCCAAGAUGGCUCCAGAUUGUCAACAAUUCUAAAUGCUUCCUUUUCUUGGUCGUCAUACUCGCCACUGUUCAAAGUAUGGUAGUAAGUGGAAUGACAAGCAUCAACCUUCCCGCACUGGAGAAACGGUUUCAACUGAGUAGCAAGGAUCUCGGCCUCAUUGCUGCUUCAAAUGACAUUUCCGCCAUUCUACUUGUCUCCUUUGUUAGCUUUUAUGGGGAAUUUGGAAACAAGAUUAAGUGGCUGGGAUAUGGAAUGCUAAUCACAGCAAUGGGCUGUUUUGUGUUUUUUCUUCCUCACGUCUUGAUCAGUCGAUACCAGCCUGUUUUUGCCAAUAGCACAAUCAGUUCGCGAAGAGUCGAAGAAUGUAUCAUCAGCCAUGAAAACUCAACCAGCAAAACUUGUAUCUCCGAAUACGAGUCAAGCAACAGGUUCUAUCUGUUUAUUUUCUGCGCAGCUCAACUGCUCAUGGGUGCAGGCACUACACCGCUGUAUUCUCUUGCGCCUGCGUACAUCGAUGAGAAUGUUCAUCCUAAAGCAUCCCCUAUUUACCUUGGAAUAUUUUUCGCGGCUGCGAUAGCAGGUCCUGGCCUUGGAUUUGUAACUGGUGGGCCAAUUCUGAACGAAAUCUACAUACACAUAAACCAGCCUGAAGGAGCUAAUUUAACUGCCAGGAGCCCUCAAUGGAUAGGAGCCUGGUGGCUAGGAUAUAUUGUAGCUGGUGCGGUAAUUUUUGUUAAUGCUGUUUUAAUUCUCGGGUUUCCUCGUGAAUUACCCGGAUCAAGAGAGAUGCGUGAAAAGGCCAUCGAGGAGGGACACUUACCGAAAAAAGACAACAAACUUAGAGGAAGAUUGAGAGAUAUCAUUCCAGCCACAAUACAGCUCUUAAAGAAUCCAGUCUUCAUGUUCAACACUAUGGCAGUAACAGCUGGAUCGCUGUUUGGGGGAGGGGUGGGCGCGUUCAUCGCCAAGUUUGCUCAGUUGAAGUUUGGUGUUAACCCAGGAUUGGCCGGGAUCACUCUGGGAGCUGUGUUUCUUGUUGGUGCUUCAGGUGGUAUUAUCUUAAGUGGUGUAAUCGUCAGAAGGUUCAAUCUAAAGAAGUCCUGCCGACUGUCAGCAAAGUACUGCGUCAUAUUUCAAUUUCUUACCUUAUGGACACUAGCUACUUUUAUGAUUCCCGGAUGUGAUCAGGUGAAUUUGGCGGGAGUCGUCAAACCUUAUUCCAACAGCCAGUUCCAGACACGAAGUCCGCUGGCCCCAUGUAACACGAACUGCAGCUGCUCAAUCGCAAACAUAAACCCCGUAUGCGGAGGAGACAAGUUGACUUAUUUUUCGCCUUGUCAUGCCGGGUGUUCAAAGGUCAUAGGAUCCAAGGCGUUCAACUGUAGCUGCAUUGGUUCUGCAGUAAAUGGAACUCAAGCUGCAGCCGAGAAAGGCUACUGUGACCGAGGGCCAGGGUGCAAGAAUUUCACUUACUUCCUUGUGAUCAGCUUUGCGUUGCUUUUGGCAGUUUUCCUGACAGGGAUACCAAAUAAAACAGUGGCUCUGCGAUGUGUACCAGACAAUCAGAGAUCCUAUUCUCUUGGCUUCCAGUUCAUUUUUCAACGCUCUCUCGGAUUUCUGCCAGGGCCAGUUAUGUUUGGUUGGAUGUUUGAUUCCCUUUGUCUUUUUUGGGGAGAAAGCUGUGGAAAGCGAGGCCGGUGUCAAAUCUAUAAUAUCUGGCGCUUGUCUUUGGGGAUAACAGUGUUUGGGUCUGCUCUUAAAGGAAUGGCUUUGGUAUUCUAUUUCCUUACUUUCUGGUUUUGUAAAUCAAGCUACGAAGAAGAAAGCAAAACUGAAGAAGACAAGCCUAAAGAAACGGAUGCAGUAAACGAAGAGUUGCUGUGCGCGGAAUCCGUUCUUUGAAGCAUGCAGCAGCUGCAGCUCAGUACCGCUGAGCUCAUUUCAUUUAAACCAUUUCUAUUAUUCGUAGCCAGUUCUUAAGCUGUAGGCUCCGUUCACACUACGCCAAAGCAAAUUUGAAAACGCAGCUUUGUUUCUACGGUUAGGCCUGACCUACCACCCUCAC